GUCAGUCUAAACGCAGCCUAGAUUUCUCGUGGUCCUAUUGGGCUCAAAGAUGCCAAUCAGACUAGCGGUGCUCGGCUCCGCUCCCCGCGGGGAGUCCCGCCCCUUCAUUGGUCUCCCAGCCGGCGCAGGAGACUGCAGGCUCCGGCGCAAAAUCCUGAGGGGGUGGGGCGGGGCGACGGCUCUAGAGGCGGCGCGUCCUCUGGCAGCCUCCUUGUGACUCCUCCGGCUCCCGCGGCUACGGUGGCGCUCGCCCCAGUGUCUCCCGCGCGCACCCCAGCCGCCUCCUAGCGGCGCGGCGCCCGCUCCUACGCCUAAAAUGACUAAUGUGUGAUUUCAGUGGAAUAAAUGGCGUCCAAAGUCACAGAUGCCAUAGUCUGGUAUCAGAAGAAGAUUGGAGCAUAUGACCAACAAAUAUGGGAAAAAUCUGUUGAACAAAGAGAAAUCAAGGGGUUAAGGAAUAAACCAAAGAAAACAGCGCAUGUGAAACCUGACCUCAUAGAUGUUGAUCUUGUGAGAGGGUCUGCAUUUGCUAAGGCAAAACCUGAAAGUCCUUGGACUUCUCUGACUAGAAAGGGAAUUGUUCGAGUUGUGUUUUUUCCUUUUUUCUUCCGAUGGUGGUUACAAGUAACAUCAAAGGUCAUCUUUUUCUGGCUUCUUGUCCUUUAUCUUCUUCAAGUUGCUGCAAUUGUGUUAUUCUAUUCCACUUCUAGCCCACAUAGCAUACCUCUGACAGAAGUAAUUGGGCCAAUAUGGCUAAUGCUGCUCCUGGGAACUGUGCAUUGCCAGAUUGUUUCUACAAGAACACCCAAACCUUCUCUAAGUACAGGGGGCAAAAGAAGAAGGAAAUUAAGAAAAGCAGCCCAUUUGGAAGUACAUAGGGAAGGAGAUGGUUCUAGUACCACAGAUAACACACAAGAGGGAGCAGUUCAGAGCCACGGUACAAGCACCUCUUACAGUGUUGGCGCUGUCUUCAGGGAUCUCUGGCAUGCUGCUUUCUUUUUAUCAGGAUCAAAGAAAGCAAAACAUUCAAUUGAUAAAUCAACUGAGACUGAUAAUGGCUAUGUUUCCCUUGAUGGGAAGAAGACUCUUAAAAACAGUGAAGAUGGAGUACAAAACCAUGAACCUCCAUGUGAAACCAUUCGAUCAGAAGACACAGCCUGGAAUAUAGGAACACUGAGGAACAGCCUCAGUAAAGAUACCCAAAGGACAGUAACAAAUGUCUCAGAUGAAGUGUCCAGUGAGGAAGGUCCUGAAACAGGAUACCCAUUACGCCGUCAUGUCGGCAGGACUUCUGAAAGCAUUCUUCGGAAUAGAAAGUCACAUCAUUAUAAGAAGCAUUGCCCUAAUGAGGAUGCCCCUAAGUCGGGUACUAGUUGCAGCUCUCGCUGUUCAAGUUCCAGACAGGAUUCUGAGAGCACAAGGCCAGAAUCUGAAACAGAAGAUGUGUUAUGGGAAGACUUGUUACAUUGUGCAGAAUGCCGUUCAUCUUGUACCAGUGAGACAGAUGUGGAAAAUCCUCAGAUUAAUCCUUGUGUGAAAAAAGAAUAUAGAGACGACCCUUUUCAUCAGAGUCAUUUGCCCUGGCUCCAUAGUUCCCACCCAGGAUUAGAAAAGAUAAGUGCAAUAGUAUGGGAAGGCAAUGACUGCAAGAAAGCAGACAUGUCCGUACUUGAAAUCAGUGGAAUGAUAAUGAACAGAGUCAAUAGCCACAUACCAGGAAUAGGAUACCAAAUUUUUGGAAAUGCAAUCUCUGUAAUUCUGGGUUUAACUCCAUUUGUUUUCCGACUGUCUCAAGCUACAGACUUGGAACAACUCACAGCACAUUCUGCUUCAGAACUUUAUGUGAUUGCAUUCGGUUCUAAUGAAGAUGCUAUAGUUCUUUCUAUGGUCAUAAUAAGUUUCGUGGUUCGUGUGUCUCUUGUGUGGAUUUUCUUUUUUUUGCUCUGUGUAGCAGAAAGGACUUAUAAACAGCGAUUACUUUUUGCAAAACUCUUUGGACAUUUAACAUCUGCACGGAGGGCUCGAAAAUCUGAAGUUCCUCAUUUCCGAUUGAAGAAAGUACAGAAUAUAAAAAUGUGGCUGUCUCUCCGUUCUUAUCUUAAGCGUCGAGGUCCUCAACGAUCAGUUGAUGUAAUAGUUUCAUCUGCUUUCUUGUUGACAAUCUCAGUUGUAUUUAUCUGUUGUGCACAGCUGCUUCAUGUGCAUGAGAUCUUCCUUGAUUGUCACUACAAUUGGGAACUGGUAAUCUGGUGCAUCUCUUUAACACUUUUUCUGCUAAGAUUUGUUACCCUUGGAUCAGAAACAAGUAAAAAAUAUAGCAAUACCUCAAUAUUACUUACUGAACAGAUAAACCUCUACUUGAAAAUGGAGAAGAAACCUAAUAAGAAAGAGGAACUGACACUAGUGAACAAUGUUUUAAAACUAGCUACUAAACUGCUAAAGGAAUUGGACUGUCCCUUUAGAUUAUAUGGGCUUACAAUGAAUCCACUGCUUUAUAACAUUACCCAGGUUGUCAUCCUGUCAGCUGUUUCUGGUGUUAUCAGUGACUUGUUUGGAUUUAACUUAAAGCUAUGGAAGAUUAAAUCAUGACCAUUCAGGCAAAAGAAGAUGUAGCCUCUUUUCCAGAAUAAGAGUACCAACUAUACUGCCUGAAAGCAGUCACUGACUCGCUGCUUCAGGAAUCUCAGCUGGGAAAUUGAAGUGUUUACAUCAGAGUGUCCUGUGCAAUUCUUAUAUUUAUUUUUCUUGUUCACUGUUUUUUACAUUUAUUUUAGUCUAUAUUUUAUUUUUAAGCAUUGAUGUACUUAGUUAUGGAAAGGGUGAUAAAACGGAUUUCCAGAUACUUGAGAUCCUGGUAAUUGCUUAUAAAUAAUUGACAAAAUAACAAAUUCUGAAAAUAGAAGCCAUCACUGUAUUUCUCCAUCAGUGCCAUGAACUUGCCUUACUUGAGGAAAAAUUAUUUAACCUUGGAAUACUACAUUGGACUCAGCUAAACAAAUAUGGCAUUUCCAAUAAAUCAAGAUCCAGUCAGGGUUUCUCUUGAAUUAUUUUGACACAAUGCCAGGAUCUAAACUGAUUAAGCUGCAGUUUAAGCACCCUUCAGUAUUAUUAUAUAUGGUAUUACUUAACAGGUCAACAAGUGCUCUUUGAUGAUAAAACUCUUAAUAGAGCAAUAAUUGUAAAUGGUUACCAUACUGUAAGAUAUUUUGAUAAAAAUUAGUAAUAAUUGUAUUUAUUUGAAACACUGGGCUGUUUGCACAGCUCCAACUGUGCAUGCUCAAAAUGUGCACUUUUUAAAAUUGUUACUUUUAAUGUGUAUCUUUAUAUGGGGUAUGUUAUAGUAUACUAGGACAUAAUAUGUUAUCCUUUUGAUUUGUGAAGUAUAUACUCAUUUCACAAGUGAAGUGCCUCUUGAUAUUACUAAAGUACUUUAUGUUUACUCAAGUAAAAUAAUUUUCUCCCCAUGGUACACUAUAGUGUAUACUAUACAUACCACAUUCAAAUGAACAACACAAGAAUAUCAGGGUAAGAACCAAUAAUAUAUUUCUCUGGUUGCUAGUUUUAAAACUGUAUCCAAAUUUUCAGAAAAGAGCCUCAACUUACAUAUUCUAUCUUGUAAACUUAAUCUGGUGCACCUCCCUGCCCCCAUUAUAUAAGGGCUAUUUUAGAUGCUUUUAACCUAGAAAUUAACUUGCCCCCCCCCCAAUAAUUUGUCAGGUGUCCAAAUGAGUAUUUAUCAUGUCAGCAUGCUAGAUAAAUAGGGCAAAUAUGACAGUAUCUUACAUUGGGCCUUGAUUUUAAGUUACUAUAUUUGUACAAUCAAAAAUGUUUGAGGAAUUAACAUGAAAUAUGAAAUGUUUGGGGUUUUUUUUGUGUAUGUGUGUGUGUUAUUUAUUUUUUGAAAACUGGGUAUCUGAAACAAUCCAGAAUUUUCUUGGUGCAAAGUGUAUCAUGUUGAAUAUUCUUGCAUUUCACCAUGUCUUAGGGAAUUUAAAACAAUUCAUUUUUGAUAAUUAUUUGAUUGGUGCCGUUCUAUUUCCCAAAUCAUGAUCUUAAGAUCAGGAAUGUGUGGAGAACAAAGCCAUGUCUUAUCACUUUGCUCUUACCAUUCCUUCUGAUCAGCCUCAAUUCAGCCUCGUUUUGUAUAUAUUGCCUCUCUAUAGAAAACAACAAAAACAUUUUGGUUUUUUUUUGUCCAUGUUCUAAUAUGCUUAAUGACCAAAGUGCAUUCUAAGUUUUUUCAAGGAAUGUAUUACUGGAGCUUUAAGAACAUACUUAUUUUCUCAUGUGAAAAAUUAGACUUUGUCUGAUAUGUUUCUUCUUCCUCUCUUGUCUAAUGUUGAGGUUGUUUUUAGGAAUUAUAUUUUAUAAACUUUUUCAAAAUAAGGUACAUACCAAUACAGAACUUAAAAUUUUGCACAGAGUAUAUUGAAUAUAUUUUGAGGGAGAAAAAAGUACAGCAUGAGUUCUCUUAGAAAUAAAAUAUAAAACUAUUGUAUCUCACACAAAAAAAAAACUUAUUUCAAAAUGGAAGUAUUUUUGAACACAGUAGCAUACUGUU